AUGGCGGCAAGCACAGAGGCUGAAUCGUCUUCAAAGCAAGAUGCAGCCUUCCAUCUUACACACGUACUGCCAGGCCAUACUUCUGAUGUCCGUUCGGUGGCCACUACAUUAGACACUUUAUCUGGACGAGAAGCUCUACUGUCCGGAUCGCGCGAUGAGACAGCCAUCUACUGGUCUCGUUCUUUUUCGUCAGCCAGCUUCGACAAGGGUGCCACCUUUCGAGGUCGGCGCUUUUGCAAUGCGGUCUGCUUCCUUCCUCCCAGUCCUGCCUUUGCGCUUCCGCGGGGACAGGUGCUGAUCGGGAAUCUCGACUCUCAGAUUCGCUGCUUCGAGCCUUUGCGUUCCGACAAACCAAUCCAAACGCUUUCCGACCACUGGGACAACAUCUCGGUUCUCAAGGCUCAUGACAGCCCACAAAGGCUGGCAGAGGAGCAAGGAGAGCAACAAGCACAACCACCAGUGUUCAUCUCCGGUAGCUGGGACACCACCGCACGGGUAUGGGUCUGGGAUCCGACAGAACCAUGCAGUGCAAAGUGGAAGAGCAAGUUUGUGUUGCGUGGUCACGACGCAGCUGUUUGGGGAGUGCAGAUCCUCGAACCUCCUACAACAGCUGCGGUGGAGCAGGGCCACGCUGAUCCUGGACAAGGAAGGUAUUUGACAUCAUCAGCCGACAUGUUCAUCCGGCUUUUCCAUGGCGAGACCUUGCACACUGUCUAUGCUGGUCACCAGGAUGUCGUCCGUUCUCUAGCUUGCCUACCACCUUUGCCGACGCCACAUGAGCAGCUCGAAGACAGGCAUGCUUGCUUGCCGCCAUUGUACGAUAACGAGCAGCUCUUCGCUUCAACUUCGAACGAUGGUACGAUUCGCAUCUGGUCACUCGAUCCAAGGCGUAGUGCCUGCCAAGGCAACGGCGGUGAUGCUCUGCGCCUUCUUAAAGGCCAUACGAGCUUAGUCUACGAUUUAGCCGCCUACAUCCAACACGAUGCAAAGGCACCACGACUGGUGAGCAGUGGAGAGGACGGCACUUUGCGCGUUUGGAACUGGCUUUCAAACGAGUUGCUGCAAACAGUACAUGUGCCAGCGGUAUCAGUCUGGAGCAUCGCAGUGCUGCCAGAGUCGCAAGACCUUGUUGUCGGAUGCAGUGAUGGCCUUGUUCGCGUCUAUUCCAUUCGUCCAGCCUCGGCUUCGGCCGCUGAUAGCAACUUGGAGGGCGCAGCACUCUCAGAGAGCGAAGCUGUAGACCAAGCUGCCAAGGCUCAACAACUUCAGCACAGGGCGGCAAUCGAAGCUAGGCAGCCUGCCACCGAGCUGUCAGCAGAAGGAGAACAGGUACAGGGCGAGUUGUUUCAAGGCAAGCGAUAUGACUUUGUGCUUCAGAUCGACGUUUCCGACCAUGCCGAUCCUUUGCCCUUGCCCAUCAAUCGGGGUGAGGACAGACAGAAGGUGGCGUCGGAUUUCGUCACCCUUCACAAGCUUCCCGAGGGUUAUGUAGAACGGAUUGUCGAGUUCAUCAACCUUGUUCUCGGGUCGAGCUAA